AUGGAUUCCCAACAGACAGCAAAAGCGCUACAUUACCGCAUCAACACUGAUAUCUCGCAAUUGCUGCAGCGGUUUGAGAAUAUCAUGGCCACAGCAACAGUUGAAAACUCCAGCUAUACUUCUACUGCCGUGGAAACAUACCAAUUGGAUGUCGAGUCAUCAGCCCUGAUCCGUGCUGCUGAGGAUCUCCUCUCUCUAACGAGAAUAAUGAAGGAAACAUGGCUCUUCGGCAAGCUUGACACACUCGGAGAAGAUGAGCGCGACGUUGAACGCCGCGAGAAGCUUGAGAAAGAUCUUGUCGCCGUUGAGAAGAGUGUGGAGGGUGGUGUGCUCUCAAAGUUGUGUCCUAAGGAUAAGAACUGA